GCCGCAAGGAAGAGAGAAACAUGCUCCAAAGAUAACAGUAUAUAAUUAUCUACCAACUGCUAUACUGAAUUGAGAGAGGGAUAAAGACUCCUGACUACCUGGUUCUUGAAAGUUAGCGGUAUAUGACAUCUGAACAACGUGUGUGAGUGCAAUGAGCUCUGUGCAAGUGGCAGUCAGAGCCAGGCCUCUCUCCCAAAGAGAGCUGGACAGUGGCACUCCAUUCUCUACUGAGAUGAGGGGACACUCCACCAUUCUCUACAAGAGCUCUGGUUCCCUGGUGAGGAGUCCUACUGGUGGGCGGAGCUCCGCUAAGGAGUUCCAGUUUGACCACUCCUACUGGUCCGUGAGUGCCAACGACCGACAGUUUGUACGACAAGAGAACGUGUUUACUGAUCUCGGAGUGCCUGUGCUGGAGGCGGCCUUCCAAGGUUACAAUGCCUGUGUAUUUGCGUACGGGCAGACUGGAUCAGGGAAGACUUACACCAUGAUGGGCUCCGAGGAUUCUCUGGGUCUCAUCCCCAGGAUUUGUGAGGGCCUGUUUUCUCGGAUGGUUCAAGAGAGAGUCAAGAAUGGUGAACAAGUCUCCUUCCACACCACGGUCAGUUACAUGGAGAUCUAUAAUGAAAGGGUUCGUGACCUUUUGAACCAUGGAGGGUCCUCCGGCAGCAAAGUGCACAGUCUGCGUGUGAGGGAACAUCCAACAGAGGGGCCGUAUGUGGAGGAGCUGAGCAAACACGAGGUGACUGACUAUCAGGGCAUCUCUCGACUCAUUCACACAGGAAACUCUCACAGGGUUACAGCUGCUACUAAGAUGAACGAUUCGAGUAGUCGUUCCCACGCCAUCUUUACCAUCAAGUUCACUCAAGCUACCUUCAAAGAUGGCCUCCCCAGUGAGAUUGUGAGCAAGAUACACCUCGUGGACCUUGCAGGAAGUGAGCGUGCCACUGCGACUGGUGCCGAGGGUGAGCGACUGAAGGAGGGAGGGAGCAUCAACAAGUCCCUCGUCUGUCUGGGUACUGUCAUCUCUUCUCUGGCUGAGAUGUCCAGUCACAGUCACAAGAAGCCAUACAUUCCAUACCGAGACUCAGUCCUCACCUGGCUGCUCAAGGAUAGCCUGGGGGGGAACUCAAAGACCAUCAUGAUUGCAACUAUCUCCCCUGCUGAGUCCAGUUAUGGUGAGACUCUGAGCACUCUUCGCUACGCCAGCAGAGCAAAGAACAUUGUCAACAGACCAACAGUUAACGAGGAUCCUAAUGUGAAGCUGAUCCGAGACUUGAGGGCAGAGAUACAGCGACUGAAGACAGUCGUUGUUAGUGGAGAUCUGAGUCCCGGCUCUCAUGAGGUGAGUCGUCUGAAGCGCUCUACGAGCAUCUCUCUGGCAGAGGACCUCUACAAGAAGGAGGAGCAGUGUGCUGAGCUGACCAAAAAGUGGGCGGGGAGGUGGAAGGACAUACGAAGGAUUGUUGAGGAGAACCACUUGGCCCUGCGCAGUGAAGGUGUGAAGAUGGUGGUGGACUCCAUGAGACCUCACUUUGUGGGCAUUGAUCCCGACGUCUUUAGCACUGGACUCGUCUUUUAUUACCUCAAGGAUGGCCCCACCACUAUUGGAGUGAGAUCAGAGCACAUCAUUCCUGACAUUUGCAUAAGCAACAGUGACCUGUGUGCUGAUCAUUGUCAGGUGGAGUGCACUGGACAGCGUGUAGUGCUCCGCCCACUUUCCGGACAGUGUUUCAUCAACCACAAAGUCAUUAGGAAAGUAACUCGGCUUUCUCAAGGUGACUUGAUUCAACUGGGGACUUCUACAGUGUUUCGUUUCAACCACCCCCACCAAGCUGCCAAACUCAGGAAGAGGCAUAACCAAGGACUUUUGGUGCCUCGAAAACUAGACCUUCACCAAUUAUCUCAGACAACCACAAAUUCUGUAUCGCUGCCCAGUAGUCCGACCACCACCACCAUGACUGUGGAGCUGCAGUCCAGAACCAGCCUAACUACUAACAGGAGACGGUCCAGCUCUUCCUCACUGACCAUCAACAAACACCACCAAUCUGAAGGUGACAUUGAAUGGAGAAAAAGUGAGUCACCAUCUGAAGUGUUCUUACUGGACAGAGUUGGACCAGUGGCUCUCAGUCACUCACCAGAGGGCAGAAGCUAUGCUGUGAGCAUGAAGAGACGAUCAUGUUGUGGCACUCUGUGCCUGUGGAUGUUCGCUCCCCUCCUACUGAGUCUGGCGGGAGUGGUCACUAUACCUGCUGUGCUCGUACUGUCUGCACUGCUUGUGUGUUUCAAGGUGUUAGGAAUCUCACAGAAGUUCAGAGUCACCCGGUGGAUGAGAGCGCCAUUCUCUGUCAGUGAUUUCCUCGUGUCUCCUAUAAAUGGUUUGCAAUCGCUGGUGUUUCGAGUUACGUUUAGUCUGCUGAGACUCAUAGGAUUGUUUCAGUUAGACACAUGCAUUGAAGAACCUAAUAAAGACAUUUUAUAGGGGCAUUGUUUUUAUUUAUUUAAAAUCACACUAUUUUUUGUAUGAGAGCU